CGCUUGGAAAAGCCAUCAAAGGAAAGUCGAGUGGGCAGCCAUUGAAGGUGUGGAGGUGCGGCCAAAUGGAACUUGUGGAUGCGUUUUCUCGCGGCAGCGUCAUCUCAGAUUCCGAAUGACACGCUCACAGCCACUACAGUGUCGCGUCCUGUCGUCUUCUCUCCCGUAUCCGGAGUCGCCAUCCAAGUCUCUGCUGCGCUGCUACAGCUCGUGAGCACUACCACUGUUGCUGCUGCUUCUUCUGCUGCAUCAACAACACAGGCCCAUUCAAUCAGGAAGGGCAAUUGGGGAGCCAAAUUUAGUUUCAAGCCCACGUACUGUUCCAAUCCUUUGGUGUUCAAGGCGAUGGUGCCGUUGUCGACGUCUCGUGCCGGGGCGGGGCCGGGGAGUGCUUCUCUGACGGUGAGGAGCUCUUUGAUCGAGCCGGACGGCGGUUCGCUGGUGGAUCUGGUGGUUCCAGAGGCGAAAAGGGGUUUGAAAAUGUCAGAGGCGGAGGCAUUGCCGAGAGUGAGGCUUACCGCCGUCGAUCUCGAGUGGGUGCACGUGUUGAGCGAGGGUUGGGCGAGUCCGCUGAAGGGGUUCAUGAGGGAGGACGAGUAUCUGCAGAGUUUGCAUUUCAAUUGCUUGAGGACGAAGGAUGGGAGCCUCGUCAACAUGUCGCUGCCGAUUGUGUUGGCCAUUGAUGAUGAGGAUAAGGCCAGAAUUGGGGGUUCUGAUAGCGUGGCUUUGUCUGGGCCUGAUGGUGAUUUGGUAGCCAUUCUUAGCAGGAUCGAAAUAUACAAUCACAACAAGGAAGAAAGAAUUGCUAGAACAUGGGGAACCAUAGCUCCAGGGUUACCAUAUGUGGAGGAGGUAAUUACACCAGCUGGUAAUUGGCUAAUUGGCGGGGAUCUGGAAGUGCUGAAGCCCAUCAAAUACAAUGAUGGCCUCGACCACUACAGGCUCUCUCCACAGCAGCUGCGCAAAGAAUUCGAUAAACGCCAGGCAGAUGCAGUCUUUGCUUUCCAGCUGAGAAACCCAGUGCACAAUGGCCACGCCUUGCUCAUGAAUGAUACUCGCAGGAGACUUCUGGAAAUGGGUUUCAAGAAUCCAAUUCUUCUGCUCCAUCCUCUAGGAGGUUUCAUAAAGGCUGACGAUGUCCCACUUGAUGUUCGGAUGGAGCAACACAGCAAGGUAUUGGAAGACGGUGUUCUUGAUCCGGAAACAACCAUUGUGGCGAUUUUUCCCUCGCCUAUGCAUUAUGCGGGACCGACUGAAGUCCAGUGGCAUGCAAAGGCGCGUAUAAAUGCAGGUGCUAAUUUCUACAUUGUGGGGCGCGAUCCAGCUGGGAUGGGUCACCCAACGGAGAAGAGGGACCUGUACAAUCCGGAUCACGGCAAGAAGGUGCUAAGCAUGGCGCCGGGUCUUGAGAAGUUGAACAUUUUGCCAUUCAGAGUUGCUGCCUACGACACUACUGUAAAUAAGAUGGCAUUUUUUGAUCCAUCUCGUGCUAAAGAUUUUCUCUUUAUCUCCGGCACCAAGAUGCGAGCUUAUGCAAGAAGUGGCGAAAAUCCUCCGGAUGGUUUCAUGUGUCCUAGUGGAUGGGAUGUCUUGGUUAGAUACUAUAAGAGCUUGCAAGCCGAGGAUUCCGGGCAGAAACAAGCUGUGCCUGCAUAAGAGUGGAUCUUUUUUGUAAUGGAGUAUAUAAUAAGGUUGAGUUUCCAUGAAAACUUUAUCCAAAACUUGGGACGGGAUCGCAGUUGUCGUAAACUGAAGCUUUCCCCUUUUAUAGAUGAAAAUAUGGAACAAAGUGCACAUUUUAUUAUGUUGAUUAGUUCAGGCCUGAACGAGCUGAUGUUUUUUUAAUUCUUGUCGUACGGGUGGAAUUAUUCACCAAACUAAUGGUAUGAAAUUUGUCAUGUUUUGUUCACGUUGCUCUUUUAUGUAAUUUCGUGUUAGUACCUCAAUAUGACUGGAAAAAAUUCUAUUGU